GGGGUCCGCAGGGGUUUGAAUUCGCAGCAGAGCGCACGCGCGGGAGCAUAACAGGAGCGAGGACCGCGCUCGAGCGUUCUUUUUUCUUUCCCGCCCCCGUUUCAACGGCCGCCUCCGCUCUCUCAACUGAGCAGCAGGGAUCGGGCACCCGCGCACCCCCCCUCCCAACCCUUUACUGGGAAGGGAGGCGGGCCUGCUGAGUAUCCUCCGUCUCUCUAGUUCCAAUCGGGUUCCUGUCCCGCCCGUUUCCCCACCUCCCGCCCGCCCGCCCCGUCAGUGUCUGACUGGCCGACGCGAGAGGAUAGCCCAGUGUAUGUGCGGCAACACAAUGUCUGCUCCUCUCCCAGCCAUUGUCCCGGCCGCGAAGAAGGCUACCGCCGCGGUCAUAUUUCUCCAUGGAUUAGGAGAUACUGGGCAUGGCUGGGCAGAAGCAUUUGCUGGUAUUAGGAGUCCACACGUAAAGUAUAUUUGUCCGCAUGCGCCCAUCAUGCCAGUUUCUCUCAACAUGAAUAUGGCCAUGCCUUCCUGGUUCGAUAUUUUUGGACUUGCUCCAGAUUCACAGGAAGAUGAAGCUGGGAUCAAGCAAGCAUCAGAGAAUGUGAACACACUUAUAGAACAAGAAGUAAGAAAUGGAAUACCCUCAAACAGAAUAAUUUUGGGCGGAUUUUCUCAGGGAGGAGCUUUAUCUUUAUACACUGCCCUCACAACACAACAGAAGUUAGGGGGUGUUAUAGCACUCAGCUGUUGGCUUCCACUGCGAACUUCAUUUCCACAGGGUUCCAUCAAUUGCAUCAACAAAGACAUUUCUAUUCUCCAGUGCCAUGGUGACCGUGAUCCUUUGGUUCCUUUAAUGUUUGGAAGUGUGACUUCUGAAACACUAAAGAAAAUGCUAAACCCUGGCAACAUAGCUUUCAAACUUUACUCAGGCAUGAUGCAUAGCUCAUGUAUUGAGGAAAUGAUGGAUGUGAAGCAAUUUAUUGAUGAGCACCUACCUCCAAUUGACUGAAAUAUGUGAGAAGCCUUCAGUUAAAUGCACCAGCAUCAUGUGUACUAGAUUGUUUUUUCAUGUAGCUAUUUCUAAAGCAUCUCUGUGCCUACAGUGUUAACUGUAUUGCAAAGAUUAGAAACUAUAACUUUGUGAGAAACAAUACUUUUAAAUCCCAUUGGCCAUAACAUAGAUAUAUGGCAGUGGAAAGGCAUGUAGGAAUAUAAUUAGGUAUUCUCUUCCUUGCUAAAUCAUUCCAAAUUUAAAGUUAUGGAGCCCUUUUAUAAUUCAGAACAAAAUUGUUUUCCAAAUCCUGUUAUAUUACUAGAUAAAUUGACACUUGUAUAUGCAGUAUAUAAAACUAAGCAUGCAGUAGUAGAAAGAGUAUUCUUAACGUUCACAUUUAACCAAUAUUAUUGCAUGUCCAAGAUAAGACUCAAGUCUUUAAAUUAUCCCUACACCUUGGAGAAAUACAGUAUUGUAACUGAAGUGUGUGCCCUGCUACUUAGAAUCUUUGAAAAAGUAUUUAUCUCUAUAACAAAUGUUUCUCAUUCAGCUGUCCCUUACUGAGAUAAAUUUAGACAUAGAUGUCACAUAGAAUAUAAUAAAAAUCAUUAGAAUUUUUAAUAUAUUGCAAAAUUUGAGCUUUCAAAAGCUCUUCUAAGUAGCUAAUUUUUAAAAAAUCAAAAUCAGAAAAUGUAUUGUAUAUAUUUGUCUUAACUUGUUCUGCUCCAAAAAAGAAACCAAGGUUGUUGGUUAAAGCAUUGCACAAUCAAUUGACAUAAGAGACAAGAGAAGGGGUGCAUACAAAGCAUACAGUAUUACAGUAUAUUUUAAACCUGAAAAAGAUCACUGUGUGAAAAUUUGGUUAAACUGUUCUAAAUUAACUACAGCUCAGCAGAAAUGUUUGGUUGUUAAAAACAAAAUCUGGAGGGAUACCAGAGUAGCUUUUGGGAGAAAGUUAGAAUAAGACUGGUGUACAUUAUUUCCUCCUCAGCAAGACAUAUAUGCUUUGCUGCCAUCUCCUUGCUCUUCCUAUGGCCUGCCUUCAGCCACUACUGCUGAUACUCAGAAUGGCAUAUCAUACUGCUGCCUCUUCCACCCACCCUAGAGUAUUUUUCCAGCACUUUGCUCUUUCUCCUCAGUUGCAACUGAUAUCCAGUAUGCCAUCACCAAGGCAACCCUUCAGCCUUGGCUUUUUUCUGUUGUUUCCUCCUCCACCGAUUAACAAAGCCUGGUUCAGUUUGGUGUAGGGCACUGCAAACUAGCUGUUCUAUUCAUGGAACAGUUUGUGCAAGCAACAUUUUCAACGUCCCUGGAUCAGGUUAUUCAGAAACAAGGUACUACAACUUCACCCUUGUCAUGAAAAAUUUCCAUCUAAAUAUUUAAUAAGACUUGAAAUUUUAUUUCAAAUAAAUGCACCUUCCUGCAGAAGUUCCAACUUUUGUACAUAUACACAGCUAAAUCUAUACAUUCAUAUUACUUCUAUGUGUACUUUGCAUACAUAUAGAAAUAAAACAAAUCCUCAAUUUUAUAGCAUAAGCGUAAGAAUCCUUUAGAAAUAGUGCAGCUAGAGGUUUGGUAGUCAGUAUUGUAUGUGUGGAGAAAAUUGGUUAUGUUGUUUCUCUUUCAGGCCAUUCAUCAUAUCCCAAUAUUUUGCUGAUUUUUUUUCAGCAUCAUUCUUGCUACUAUGUUAUUGAUGGUGAAAUGGCACUUUCUAAAGUUUCUUCUAUUCAUUAAUAUGAUUUUAUUUAAGGAGACAUGGAGCCUCAUUAAAUCUGCAACUGAUAAGCACUUAAAUACAGAAUUAAAAAUGUAAUUGCAGUUAUUAAUUGGUGGAGCAGAUAAUUAUGCCCUUUGACACUUUUGUCUAUGUUCUGGCAUCAUGUUUCUUGAUCCUUGCUGGACCUUUAAACGGAGAGCAAUCUAUAUAUCAGCAGAACUGGGCAAGAAAGCUGUGUUUGGAAUACCUAAGUUCAAAUUGUAAAUUUUUUUCUGGUGUGUAUUGCCAAUAUCAUGGAGGUUUCAUUUGGCUUACUCUUUAUUUAUUUGUUAUAUGAUGGAAUUUGGAAAGCAAGGAAACAUAAUUUGUUCCCUAUUGCAGCCUGAAACAAUAUUUUAAAAUGUGGAUUCUGAUGAAUGAAUUUGGCCCAUGAAAGAAGUUAAUGUUUCUGUACUGAAAGCGUCUCUGAGCUAUUUUAAUUAUAGGAAUCUCUGCAAGAGUUUGUGUACAUAGGACUUGAAUAUGGGAACAGUAUGAUUUUAUCAGUUUUGUUUUUAUUGGAGACUAGUUGCUUACACAGAUGCUGGCUCCAAGAAAAAAGCAUUUUGACAGUAUUCAGAGAGGUUUUUUUAUAAGCGAUAACAUGUAAGAUUUUAGAAAAUUGACUUAACAGAAAGUAAUGUUAAAAUAUUUAUUAUACAAUGAUAACUGCUUCAGUUCUUCUCUUAAACAUCAGAAAUGCAAAACAAACCAAAACUUUGAUUAAUCUCAUUUUUUUAACUUAAAAAACUUUACAUGGAACUACUGACAUCAGAAUAUAGUAGUCUCCAAAUAAAGUUCAGUAUACUUUGGAAUCUGACGUACAAUACUUUGCUAAACAAUCAAACUUUAAGAGUGUUAAAUAUUAAAUUGUUUUUAAUUGGAAUGUUUAAAUAAAAUUGCCACUCUUUAUUGUAUUAUAUCAUGCUGUGACAAUUGAAGCAAAUCUAAUAGAUUCAUCAGGAUUUUCAUCCUGAUAGGGUUACUUUUUAGUUUAUCUUGAAAUACAGUGUUCAUUGCAGUGAAGGUGUACUCUAUUGCUGAAGGUGUAUUCUAUUCUAACAUGAAUUUCUGGUCUGUUAAUUGAAUGUUUGCCUUAGGAAGUGUAUUGCACUUCAGUAAAUUCUAAAUGCAUUUUUUUAAUAAAUAGGUGCUAUUGAUUGUCAAAUAUUGUUUCCAGAAAGUAUGUAUAGGAUGUAAAUGAAGCCAUAUGUUCAGGUUGGAGUAUUUUAUAAACAAUUUGGCUUUUCUUUAUCUUACAUUUUAGGAGGUUCAUAGCUAAGAUAACACUUUGAUUUUAUACUAUGUUUACGGAAAGAAAUCUAUUGGAAACAUCUGAGAUGGAAAUUGUAAUCUGUUAACUGUGAAUAAAUUCUGAACAAUCAAUGAAUGAAACAAAUCUUGUAUAACAAAUGUUGCAUCCCUUAUAUGCAUCUCUACAUUAUAAAUAAGAAAAAUGAUAAAUUGUUCAUUUAAGAGAUAUAGUAACAGUAUAGUUACAAUUUUAAAAAAACUAAGUGCAGCAUGAGAAUCAAUAUUUGGAUUCAUACUUUUCACUAAGAUACUUUAAUGAUCAGGCUCAUUGCAAUAAAAUAGUUUUUCCAA